ACGCACACCCUACUUUUUUUCUGGUGUUGAUUGAGUUUUGAGCCAACAUUUUUAUAUUCCAAUUCUACCCCCACCCCGAAUAUAUAUUUUCUUUCUUUAUUAUUUUAUUUUAUAUAUUUUCUUGCCCCAAUUUGUUUCUUCAAAGCUCACGAAAACAAACCCUAGACCGUGAAACUGAGGAAUAAGAAUCUGUUUUUCAGAGAGCAUCUGAGAUUUGAACCCCUAAUUCGGACUGCGGUGAUCGUUUAUACCUGUCUAAUUUCUCGAAAAGCCUUUUGAUAUUUGUUAAAGAAGAUAGGCUGCUAUGAGAUUCAAAACUGGGGACGUGGUUGAGGUGAUGAAGAGUAGGGAGGUACCAGUUUCAUGGCGUGCUGCUGACAUACUAUCACGUAGCGGGGAUACUUAUACCAUCCAGUAUGUUUGCUAUCCUGGUAUGGCAAAUAAGCGGUUGGUGGAGGUGGUUUCAAGGAAGUUAUUGAGACCUUGCCCUUCUUCGCUACAAGGGGCGAAGAGUUUCAUAACAGGAGACAUUGUUGAGGUCUUCCAUCAAUUUUCCUGGAAGAUUGCUGUGGUCUUGAAUGUUCUAGGAGGCAAAAAAGAAAGUAGAAAUAAUAAGAUCCAUCACAAGGUUUCGACAUGCAAGAAUCGAUAUUUAGUGAGGCUACUUGGGUGCUCAAAGGAAUUGGCUAUUGAUAGAACGAAGAUCAGGAUGAGACAGACAUGGCAUGAUGGAAAAUGGGUUCCAUUGACAAAGAUUCCUCAAGUAGGGGAUGAUGUAAUAGUGAGCAAACCAUCAAAGUCAAAUUGUUGUCCGAAGAUGAACUUCCAGGUUCCAGUGUUCGAUUCACGAGCUAAAUAUCAACCUGCAGAAGAUUGUGGAAACAUCCAAGAUGAAGCUGCACUGAGGGAAUCUGCUGUGAUCUCUUCAAGAUCGCUAAAGAGGAUGUCCCCCUAUAUUUCCUCCGUUGUCGAAGCCAAUAACGGGCAUGUACAGAAAUUUAGAGCAGCGGAGAAAGAAGGCCGGAAGCAGCGAGUGGUUGCUGACCGGGUUCUUGAAAAGGUACAUGCUGUUGCUUACCCAAAAGAAACUUUGGGUGAAACAUACAUGCAUGCUUCCCAUAACAUUAUAUCAAAUGGAUAUGAUCAAAUGGAGAGGGAAAAACAAAAUGACGUUCUUGGCUAUUCUGGGUUCAGAGACUCUGAAUUAAAUAGUUCUGACAGUGAUGUUUGUUCUGUUGGUAGUUGUAGUGUUACUAACCAGAGUCGUAAAAACUAUUAUAAUCAUUUUAUGCCUUUGCAUUGCCAAGAGACAGACACCCUUUGUAGUGAUGCAGAGUCUUUUUAUGGUUCAGGCUCUGAGAGAAAGAGUUCCUCUCUCCCUCCAAAAGAAGAGGUUGAGGUCAGUAUACGUAGCUUAGAGUUGCGUGCUUAUCGCAGCACUCUGGAAGCUUUGUAUGCUUCUGGUCCCUUAAGUUGGGAACAGGAAGCAUUGUUGACAAAUCUUCGUAUUAUGCUCCACAUUUCAAAUGAUGAACAUUUGAAGGAGCUGAAGCAUCUAAUUUCCACUAAAACUGCAAUUACUGUUAGAUGAUUGUACAAAUUAUUCGUAUAUCAUUGCUCUGUUUUAUAGCAAAAUUGUAGAAGUUGCUCUUUUGUCAACAUUGUAAGAAGAAACAUGAAUGCAAUAAGUUGUAUCUUCUAUCUCUUUCUUUGCAGACAGAUUGGCGUUUUGUAACUAAGAGAUACAUGUCAAUUCUUAAUUGAUCAUCAAAUGUAGUGUAUUUUCCCAA